GCGGCGGCGGCGGCGGCGGCGGCGGCUCCAGAGCGCGGGGACGACAUUCAGUCGGGCCUGCGUCUCUCUCUCCGACCGAUACUCUACUGCGUUUUCCUUCCUAUAUACCGCUCCGCUCUCUCUCUCUCUAAUCUCUGUCCGUCUGUCCGUGUGUGCAGCCGAUCGUUGCGAUAUGUGACCGGGGGCCUCUCGAGUGUGCUAAAAGUGGCCAGGUUCAUUGCAAGUGGUGCGCGUUGUUCCGAGUCCUCGCGGUCCUCGCCAACGUCGUCGUCGUCGUCGUCGUCGAGAUGCAGGAGGAGGUGGAACGUCAGCGGCGACAGUGCUAGUAUGCCAGUGCAGCGGGCCGAGGGCCUCAGUAAAGCUCGAGCGGAAGAAGCAGAAGAAGAAGAAGUCGAGACGGGAACAUGAGGACCUCCUCCUGCGUCAACUACUACGUGCUCUGCCUCGUCUGCUGGGUACUGCUCGGCAUCACCGGGGUAAGCACGAGAUCUCACUCGCUGGUGAAGCGAUUCUCCGGCGUCUACCCUGGGCCCUACAUCGACGCGCGCAACAUGACCAACGUCACCGUGCAGCUGAACACCCACGCCUACCUGCCCUGCAAGGUCCGACAGAUCGGUAACAAAUCGGUGUCAUGGGUGAGAACGAGGGACGAUCACAUACUCGCGGUGGACAGGACGAUAUUCAUCGCGGACGACAGGUUUCAGUCGCACUUCUACGACAAGACCAACACGUGGUCGCUGCUGGUCAAAUACGCCCAGAAGCGAGACGAGGGGGAGUACGAGUGCCAGAUAUCGACGGAGCCCAAGCUCAGCCACACGGUCAGGCUGAUCGUCAUCGUGCCGCAAAUCGAGAUCCUGGGCGACAAGGAUCGCUACGUGAAGACGGGCAGCACGGUGAUCCUGCAGUGCGUGGUCAAGAACUCGCUCGAGAUCCCGUUCUACGUGUUCUGGCUUCACCAGGAACGUCAGCUGUUCGACCGCAAGGGCAAGAUGAACAUACAGACGAAGCUGAUCGACGGCACGAACGACACGUCGAGCAAUCUGACGAUCCACAACGCCGGGCCCGAGGACUCCGGCAACUACACGUGCAGGCCGAGCAACCUCGACAGCACCAGCGUCCAGCUUCACGUUCUCAAUGGGGAGCAUCCGGCGGCGAUCCAGCGCGGCAUAAGCUCGGUGCCGGGCUGCUGUCGCUUCCUGUGCUGGUUCGCGGGUGCGCUGAGCCUGACGGCGAGCGAGUCCGAGCGCGGCCGUCUCUGCGGCUUGCUGCUCGUCAGCCUCGCGGUCGCCCUCACCCAGACCUAUCUGCCGACGACCGGGCCCGCCUGGUACCGAUGAACCUUCUCCUCCUCGUCCUGCGAGCCGCUACCUCGGCCCCUAUACAUAAUAACUAGACAUAAGGAGAGGAGAGCACACGACACACACGCACGACACACGAGACACGCGCGCCAGCUCUGACGUGGGCGACGAUCGCAGAAGAGACAAGAGACAUGCGCAACGACGUAUUACACCGAUACACACGCACUCGGCGCCGGUCGUCCGCUCGACUCCUCGCGUGCACUGAAAAGAUAGGGAUUUGCAAGGGAGAGGAUGAUUGCGUUAUCCACUACUGGUGUGCAGGUGUCACGACGAAGAAUCGGCUCUGCGCGUUUCCGACUGAUCGAUCGCUGGAACGAGAGAGAGCGAGAGAGAGAGGGAGAGAGAGAGAGAGAGAGAGAGAGAGAGAGAGAGAGAAAGCUUGCGCUUCUUGUUAUCUACUUUUCGACGUCGGGAUUUUUUCCUCAUCAUCGUUACACUAUAUCGUUGUUACAAUACGACUACACGAGGUUCCAGCGAUCGACGCGACCGCGCGCUUGCUUUGCGAUUCCGACGAAAUUCCGAUAUUGUGAUAAAUGAUUAUUGACACUGAGAUAUGCAUCGAACGCCGCAUUAACUUCGAGGCAGAACUCAAUGCGGCGCUCCUUCGCGAGCUUUCGAAACACGUUUAGACACGCAGCCUCUCGGAAGCAGCGACACAGGGCCGAUUCUCUCUCUGUUCGCUCUCUACGCGGCCCCGCGCGACGGGGAGAAGAAAGUAUCACCGACUUUGGGCGAAAAUCUUGGUUGUAUUUUCUUCGAGGCACACGUUGAGCAGAAGUAUAGAAGGGAUAGAAACAAUAAAAAUGAAUCCUAGCGAGCGAAUUCACGCUCGACUACGCGGCGAGUGAUUUAUGCACACCGAGAGAGAAAGCUGAAGCUGAGGUACGCGGAGGGAGAAAAAAAUGUCGGCGGAAUAUACGAUUCCCUCUCCCUCCGCGGAGGGGAAGUUACACGGAGCUUGGUCGCGCAGUUUGGCUCGCGGCCAGUUAUCUCCGCGAGUCAAAUUUUGCACGGGACACAUUAGGCGCGCGGAAGAAAAGCUCUGCUUGCGAAUCACUUUUUUCAGUGCACGCACGCACACACACACACACACACACACACGAGUAUAGCGACGCAGUGUGUCUCGGGAAGAUCGAAAUCUUCCGUGACACUCGCGAGGGAGCGAGUCGCGACGCGAGGCGCCGACGUUGCACCGCAUACACAGGAGGGAUGGAAAAAGCUCGUCUCGUCAAAAUGCGCCGAUGAAGGAUAUGGGUCCGCCGCACCGAUGGUGAGAGAUAGAGCGAGAGUUGAUUCGGAGGAUAUCGAUGAGAGCAGCGCAGCCUUCCUUUCGAGAAAGAAACAAGAGUGUGAUGGAGAGGGAGAGAGAGAGAGAGAAACCUGAAGAGGAACGGAGUAAGCCAGAGGGCUAGAAAUAAGUAAUGAGUAGGGUCGCGAGGAAGAUCGCCGGGCUCCUAUUGUGGAUUUCCCUCCUCCGCGUCGCCCUUUUUCUCUCUCUUUUUUCCGCGCCGCGCUCAAGUUCGCCUUUCUCUGAUUGAAAUUCGAGCUCGCGCUCGCGCAUCCGUGACGAGAAACACGAAUUCUCGCUCUCUGCGCGCUACUUCGGUCGACGCCGUAUAUAGACUUUCAUAUUGUCGAGAGAGAGAGAGAGAGAGAGAGAGAGAGAGGGGGGACGGGGAGAGGCUACGCUUAGAAGAGCAAUCUUCAUCUCAAGACAGUCUGAUCCGGCCGUUAGCGUGUAGUUGUUAGCUGAAACUUGUGAUUCUCGGUGGCGCAGCAGCACUACGAUACUACACUGCGAUCGAUCAUUAUACAUUCCGCAAGGUCCUCGACGACAACGAGAGCGCGUCGAUUUAGCUCGCGCAAUUAAGAAGAAAUAACUCAUUCGAAAUUCCCGCGCACUGCACUCGCGCAAAAAAAGCUCCUCUUAUCCGCGCGCGUUUUCUCGUUAACUCGCUUGGACGCGCUCUCGCCGCGAAAAUCAAUCGAGGAGAGCCGUCUCCGGCGAGAAUCGGGUCAUCGCCUGUAAGUACUUUUUGGUUCCGGCAAACGAGCCGAGCGUCCACUGAUUUUUUCAUUUUUUGCUUCUCCCUCACCGAGCCGAGAGGACAUAAUUAAGAUCUUCCGAGCUUUCCAGCACGUCCACAUCGAGAUUUGAUGAUUUAUAACGACGGAAUGAUUUCGACCAAAAAUACGUAAUCCGCCACGUCGUGUCAUGGGAAAUAAUCCGGUAAAACGGCGCUUUCGCGCGCAUCGAAAUCAUUCGAGCCCGUAAAUAAGCACUCGAGAGUUGGGGGGGGGGGGGGGCAUUUUACGAUUCGAAGCAGCGCGCGUCCAUUUGUCACGGCCUCUUAACAGCGCCCCGGCGAUAUCACUUAAAAAGGCCAUCGCAUCGCCGCUUAAAGCUCAAAUCUCAAUGCGCCUCUCGUGCACACCCACACACACGGAGCUGCGGCCAUAAAUCUCGAGCGCCGCGCGCGCGAGCGAUAAAAAGGAAAAUAAAUAAUAAAACACGCCUUCUCUCGUCGAGCUUUCGCUGCGCCACCGAUAUUAUACGUUCAUUCUUUCGUCGAUCUGCGUUUUACCUUAUGAUACGUGCGUAUACGUGUACAAGCGCAUGCACAUAGCCGUACACGCAUCGUGCACCAGCGCAGCGCAGUGACGAUGUCUGUAUAGCUGACGGCGAGUCCUCGUGAGGUGAGAUCGAGGAACGAGAGAGACGCUCGCUUGCUCGCUGGCUCGUGAUUGACGAGCGGCGCGGUGAGCUUGCAGGAAGCUCUGAUGGGAGCUCGCCGAUCGAUUUUGCAAUUAGGCGCUGUACCGCCGACGCUGAGAUCUCUCUCUCUCUCUCUCUCUCUCUCUCUCUCUCUCUCUCUCUCUCUCUCGCUCUUGUGGAUGGCGACGAAUCGUGCUGCGGCGGCGGCAGCGCGACGCCAGCGCCCGCUUGGAAUUGAGGGAGAGAGAGAGGGAGAGAUUCAUGGCUCGCGGGGAUCGAUCGCGCGACGUCAUUGCAAGCUCUGCGGAAGAUGAGGCGCUUCGAUAAGAGCACUCUCCGCUUGCGCGUGAGUCGCGACUUUUUGGAGAUUUACCAGAUUGUCGCGCGUGGGAUUAUUCUAAUUUUCAGAUUAUUGUUCUCUUCCUCGGUAUAGAGUUACGCAAAUGAGCUUUAGCGCAAACGAUGUGAUAAUACGGUGUAUAUUUUUUGAAAAAAAGCUUCCAAUUGGACGACAGUGAUAUAUAUGCAUAUAUACACUUUGUUGAGUAUAAACGUAUUGUAGUUUGGAAAAAAAGUUAUGGUAUACUUUGAACUAUACUCGAGCUCACCUCAAUGAAUUCCGACUCGCCGAUCGUUCGAUCGAUAGCGAUACGAUAUAGCGACAGGCAAGCAUCGUAUCGUGGUCGAUAAAUGCGAAUUAUAAGAUUUAUAAAAUAUUACGUAUACUUGUUCUUGCCUUGAGGCACACGUAUGAUAUUUUGCGUAGAUAUAUUAUGAAAAGUUAUAAACGAAAGAACAAGCGCAAGAGAGCGAUUGAUUGCAAGGGACGGAGAUGCGAGAAGCCGCUGAGAGACGAGGAGAGGUAUAAAAAAAAAAAUAAACAAUUCGUCCGGGACCCUCCGCUCGUGAAUUGAAGCUCGUUCGAUGAUGCACAAGCAUAGAUAUUAUUGUCGUUUCGUGUUUAGAUAAAUCGGCAAUUCUGUAUUAAUGAUAUGUCGUCGUUGCGAAAGCAAGAAUCGUUAAGAAGAAAAUCGACUUUGAAAGCUCACAUUUGAUGAAGCAAACUUGAUUGAUAGAACGAAAGCUCUUAGAUACUUUUUGAGGUGCUGUAACAACGGGCGAAUCGCUACAUGUGAACUUGUGAAAUCGAUGGUAUGAUACUUUAUACGCGAACACUUUUAUUGCCGAGUUAUUAUGACGUUAAAUAAUGUUUUUAUAAAAUAUAUAUCUAUACACACAGAUGUUUACAUAUAUUGAUAUCGCGCGCUCUCCGUGUGAAGAGAGACGCGAAUAAAAAAUUAAUGCGGAAAAUGAUAAGAACAAGAAGAAUUGAACGGGUUUCAGCUCCCAAAAAACGCGGAGGGCCAAAUAAAUUUUAACAAAUGAGAUCGUGAAGAAGCGAGAGGGUCGCGAAGUUUACGAUCUUCGAAGGAAGCCGAAUGCGACGGAAGCGAACGACAGAGAUGACGAUGGAAGAUGAGCGACAAUUAUCGAAUUGGGAAAGACAAAAACGAGAGAAAAUUCGCGGUAGCACAGGGACGAGUAAACUACACGAAUGAUAAUAGAAAAAAAAUUAUCUACGAGUCAUGUGAUUGUCUGUAAAUACAUAGUCUAAGUAUACAUACGUUAAUUAUAAUAUGCCGUACGUGUUACAUUAAUGAAACGAACAAGAAAAAUAAAUAAAUAAAUAAUUAUUGUGUAACUUUUGGAUUGUAAAGGGCGACAACAACACACGAUGCGAGUAUUGGUAUGUAAUGAAAACCGCAGCUGUCUGACCGCCUGUGCUAACCGCGCAAACAGCCGGAUCGAAGGACACCUUUUGUUUCGAUUUCAACAUAAUAUACCGCGACGUUUUUUGACUUGUAUCCUAUAUAUAGGUGUUCGACGUUUCAAAUGAUCGAUGAUUAUGCCUUCUUUCGAUAUAGCUACAACCGAUGAACGCAAACAUUUUUCAGUGUCCAACUUUCUAACACGCGAGACAAACGAUAUCAUAUUCUACGAUUUUUAUAUCAAAUUAUAAUCAAGUACAAAACUCGCGUUAAGUGCGAGUUAUUAGUUUUCUGAAAAUUCAGCCUUGGCUCUAAUCGUGCAUCACUAUGAGAUAGUGAUUUUUGUAAAAAUUUACAUUCCCGUUUAUCAGAGUUUUCUAAAAUCCAACUUCAAAAGCAUUUCUCAAUAUAGAUUCCCGAAAUUAAGAUAACUAUAUCGUCGAAGUCGAUGAUAGCAAAAAAACAAGGUUAGCACCGGCCGGUCACACGCACCUCAUAUAAAACAAGAAACACGACUCGAAGACACAGGUGUAAACACACAUACACACACGCACACUGAUUUACCGCCUAGCCUAAAUCCUAAAGAAAUAAAAAAAAAAAGAAUGAACAUAAUGGUGGAUAUUGUCUGAUAUAUAUAAAAAUCUAUAGUUAUAAUCGACGAGUGCGCAUAUAAUAGAGUAUGACGAUCAGCUGUGAAGGUUCGUUGGACUGACGCCGGUUGGCUGCGCGUUGGUCGAAUGACGCAUUUUAAACUUGAGGGAAUAAGAGAAAAACGUUGUGUGUGCGAGCGCAGAUGGUGAAAUUACAAGCGCUGAAGGGGCGACGUGGACCUUCUGAGGUCCUGAGAUGAUUACAAGCGCAAAGCUUUCGUAUAGCGAAUGCACAUAAGGCGAGCGAUCGAGUCCACGUCGCUCCUGUCAACGGAGAGAAAAAUCUUUAGGAUAUAUCGUAUGUAGCAGCAUCAGCAUUGAAUUUUUGUACGAAUGUCUACUGUAGUCCUUGAAUAUCGCGCCUCUUAUUCCAUUCAUCGGGUAUAUAUAAAUAGCACACGCGUAUGAAGCCGAGAGACAAAAGCAAAGUCUCCGAUUUCUCCUGCAGGGGAGGAUCGUCAGAGCUUUUCGUUUUCUCCUCUCGCGUACAUCACCUGCGCGCGAAAAAUCGAAUGUCUCCGUAUUAUUCUAUACUUAGCCGAUGACUCGUGCUAGCUGUGUAAAUUCCAUUUGUUCUUACAUAUAUAGGUUUCACUGAUGUAUAUUUAUAUGGUAGACAUACGUAUUAUAUACAAACGAAGAAUCGUAUAUAAAUAACAAAAGUUGUGAGCUGGCCUUUUCCCGAGAACCAAACUUCGGUCUCGAAACGCGUUUGUCUGGCGGCAUUGUUCAUCAUCCUAAACGAGGCGGCUUUCGUAAAAAAUUAGCGCGUCAGCGUUUCAAUCGCGAUUCUUUACUCCCUCGAAUAAUAAGGUUAAUGCUUUCUAUUUUUGCAUAAAAAAAGGAAAACAAACCGGCUUACCCGUACGUAAUACUGUUAGCGCGCUAAAGCCUCGCGCGCGACGCCCGGAUUAGCCGAGCUUUAUGUAAAUAAUUAAAAGCUCGACGCGACGAGUGCAGAAACUUUCCGCACCUAAUUAUCGUCCCACAUAGCCUCCCCCAAAAACGAAACUAAACCAAACCAUCGUCGCUCACGGCGCACAGCGUAUAGAGAAUUAUACGGGAAAAAUUCACUUUCUUGAUUUCAAAAACGGUGAAAAAAAUUGUUGCAGGUUUAGUACAUGUGUGCAGCACUUAGUACCUGUAAAACCACGUUCCAACACUGAAAAUGUGCCUUGUGACACUGUUUUCUCGGACGCUCAAAUUCGUCGAAAAAUAGCCAUUGUUCAACGGCGUCUACUUUAUGCACAAGGACACAAACAGAAAAUGUAUUACGGUAGGAAGAGAGUACGGGAAAAGAGCUUGAAUUUAAAAAAAAUGCGUUGGAAAUGCUUGAUUUGGUCAAAAGUUACGCACAAUUGAAAAUGCGGAAAAAUCAUGAAAAUUUCAGGGUCUUUCGGAGUCAAGAAAUUUGUACCUUUUUUCGUGAUUUUUCCAUAUUUUCAAAUUUUUUUUUAAAUUAAGCUCUUUUCCCGUAUUUACAUGCUAUACGCAUUGUUUUGCACUUUUUCAGAGUUGGAACGUGGUUUUGCAUCGUUUCAAGCAUAUGGACAAUUAGAAAGUAAGUGGUCCGGGCGCGUGCCCCAACAAUUUUUUUUCUACCGUUUUUAAAGUCCCGAAGAAAGUAUAUUUUUUCCGUAGGAUUCCCCGUAUAACUAUACACAAUAUACAUUCAGUAGCAGCGACAACAAGCCAAGCCAGACAAACCGUUCCGAGCGUCCCUGGCGGGCACACGUUCCCGCACACGUUCCCGCGCGCGCGCAUACGCAGGUAUAUACAAGACAAGGAAAGCUCGAGAAAUAAGAGACAAAACUGUGCGCUGCAGUCGGGCUCGAGGUUCUCGGGAAGACGCGAGAAAUGUGUCAGACGCGAUCCCGGAAUUUUUCCAGCUUCCACACUCCGUCCGUCCCGGCGCACCGCUAUAUGCUCUUUCACUGCACGAGAGAAAAUAAGGGAAGAAGAAAGGAGAGACGAGAAUAAGAGCUGGAAAAAGCUGCAGCGCGACUCGCGGCGACCUACACUCCCCUACAUUUAUAAACACCCGCGCGACGCGGCGAGCUACAUUAUACAAGCGAGCGCGACCUUAUGUAUGACCCCUCCGAAAUCCUAUUCCGCACACGUACACACACACACACGCACACACAUACACACACGCGCGCGCGCGCGCGCAACACACUAGAAGUCGCGGGAGUGGCGAGCUUAAUCGCCACUCGGUCAUCGCAAGCUGACGUCUUGACGCGAGCGAAGCACGUGACGAUCGCGUUCACGCGACGAGCAAUGCUUUGACGACUGCGACGAUGAAAAUCCGAUCCGCGAGUUCGAACGCCCGACGAACACGAAGCGAUGAUGAUGAUGAAGAUGAUGAUGAUGAUAGACGCAUGUGAUCCUCCGUUUUCACCGCGGCGAUGAUUUUCGGGGGCCGUCUUCUCUCGUGCGACGCGUUUCCUUUUGUAUACCGGCGAUUAUCGAGAUUGACGGCUGCUAAUCUAUUAAAUCUUGCACAACAUCGCCGAGAGCUGCGAAACGGAGGAGAGACUCUGAAGAUCUUUGUCGAGCGAGCGAACGAGCGGCGCUGAAUGAGAGACACCUCGAUUGCGUGUGUGGCCCCCGGACACACAAGCGAGAGAACCUCGUCUCGUGGAUUCCAACAGCUGAUCGCGACACGGGAAAUUCGAAUCUACGAGAUGAUGUGAGAGAGGUGGGUCGGAGAAUCAGAGUUAAAUUAGGUGGAUAUAUAAAAAAACAAAAACGACGAGAGAAAGCGAGAGCGCAUUAAUGCUAUUUAACGGAGCGAAUGCGGCCUGAUGUGAGAGAGACAGAGCGCGUGACAUAUGCGAAAGUUAGAUAUAGAGAGACUGCGUGAGAGCGAGUGAAACUAAGUGUUAUUUAAAUGAAAAAAAUCGAUCAUGAAUAAAAAAAACGAAACAAAAAUUUGCAAUCACGAGUGACGGUAUAUAACAAAAGGGAAUAAUAAUAAACAAGAGCAAGAGAGAGAGAGAGAGAGGGUGACAAGAUGACACACUUCGUUAUUAGCAUUCGUACGUACGAAUAUGUAAAAGAAAGAGAAACUCAAUUCUGUCGAUUGUACAUUAUAAUAUUAUAACUUGUGUGUAUCUUUUGGCGAGCUCCCCACCCAGUUUUGCACUUUGUACUCGAAUCGUACGCGGCGAGAGAGUUUGCGCGCGACUUGGACGGAGCCGAAGAGACGAGGCUUGAGGAGAGAGAAAAAAGCAGUGAAAGAGGGAACAACAAACAAACAAUGUGCGUUUGCGCGCGAACAUUUUCGGCCGCGAUCUAUUAUAUAUAUAUAUAUAUAUAUGUGUGUAUGGUUUUUCCUUUCGGAUUUUGCGCAAGAGGAAUGAGAAAUUCGCGAGAAAACAAAUGAGUUUCGAGGAAAAAUGUGUGGCAAACAGAUAUUAAUUGAUUAUGAUUAAUUGAACGAACAGAGGGACAAGAGAACGCCGUUCCCGUUCUAUGUGUGGAAGAAUCAUACGGCUUUAACGAAGAACAUUAUACUAUGAACUUACGGGAUACUAAAUAAAAGUAAACCAAAUCGUUUAUCGUA